AUGGCGACAGCCUCUCCUCCUUCUCCUGACUCUCCAGCAGCCACUUCGAGCUGCGCCAUAGAGGAGGCUAGCAGCCGUCAUAGAGAGGCCAUGAAGGCGGCUCCUUCGCAGCAGCAGCAGCCGCCACCUCUCGGGACAAGUUCUUCCGAUGCAAACAGGAACUUAACGUUGGCAUAUAUAUAUAAGGCAUCACCUCUACAAGCUCCUCAUUCCACUUUGCUACCUGACCUCUGGAGUGUUGAUCGUGCCUCAGCUUGGGCUUCUCUAAAUCAGCAGAAGAUGUCUUACCAAAGUCAGCAAUGCAAGCAAACUUGCCCACCCCCUCCUCAAUGCAAGAAGACGCCCCAGAAAUGCUGCCCACCUCAGCAGUGCUGCCCCCCUCCCCAGAAGUGCUGCCCCCCUCCUCAGCAGUACUGCCCCCCUCCUCAGCAGUACUGCCCCCCUCCUCAGCAAUGCUGCCCCCCUAAGCAGUGCUGCCCUCCCAAACAGGACCCCUCAUGCUGUUAAGGGGCGUCUGCCACAACCUGCCCAGAGAAGCCCCCGCAAGGAGAAGGGUAGGAGGGAAAGGAAUGGAAUAUGGAAGCAUGGUCUGAUAUUUAUGAUCCCAUUCAUUUUCCAUCCAUCUUUGCUGUCGGCUCCAUUCUAGCAAACACUUUACUACCUCUUUCAAAAGGCAAGCUGAGAAGAACAGAAAAUCUGGGAAUCGAUGUUUCCAGGGCACACGGGACCCCAGCCCAUCUAGUCCCGUCAACAUCAACAGACACUCAUCUAGUCAUCAGCUCAGAAUAUCGCUAGCCAAUGGAUGUCUGUGUGUCUCAUCCUGACAGAUCUCGUGAGCGCUCAGCUGAAGAGUCCUGUCUGGGGGAAAAAAACCUUCUUUGCAACCUAAUUUCCCCCAUAUUUAUUUUAUGAUGCAUCCAAAAUAGCACAUUUAAACAUCCAAUUCACCCUUUGCCCCUUAAAACAUUUCUAUUCUUCCAAUGUAUUGCUCUGGGCUCUGAUGGCAAGAUAUUAUUAAAAUUUAUGCACAAGCA